AUGGCUUCAUGGAAAUUGGUUCUCGCGCCAGCCGAUGAGGGCAAAAUCAAAUAUACCUCAUUCGCCAAUGCAAGAAAGUAUUUCGCUCUCGAUGCUUCUGGAUCUACAGUUGGCCUUCGAUUCAUCUCGGAACAUAAUUUUGCAGAUGGAAUUCACGAAGUAUCUAUAAAAAAAGAUGAAGAUAGAGUCACGAGAUGGGGUUCCAACUGCAGAGACCCAACGAGUUGGGAGCAAUGUUUUUGGGCUCCCGAUCAGGACGGAACGCAGCCACAACAUAUGUUGAGGAACCAAAAGUCGAUCCAAGCGAUUCGCGAUUCUGAUAUUUGGUUCUUACUUACAGAUGGAGAGGUCCUCAAUUCUGAGGUGCACACACUGGCGGGGUUGGGACAAGAACUGGGAGUCGAAGCAGCGCUGAUCCAAAGAAUCGCCAAGCUAAAAAUUCAUGUCCCAACUGCGGAAACAAGAAUUGCAACACCAACUCAGCUCAAUUUAGGCGAACAAUGGAACGCGGCUCACAAUAACUCCCAGCCUACAUUGGUAGACAUUGACAUGCUUCUUCGAGCAGGAGUUAUGUCAGAUGAAGAUCGUGAUCUACUCUUUGCAGAUGAAGCACUCGAUGCUCUGCUUCUGGCCUGCAAGUCUCGCGGAAAGCUGAAUGAACUUCGAUCAUUCCUUCUCACCCAAAAAGUCGAACAAUUGACAAUCAAACUCGAAGACGUAUCUGGUGCCACGGGCUUUAUUCAUCUCCUUGCUGAUCAAGAAAUGCCUAGCGAGACUAGAACUCUCCUGCAAUCCAAGCUAAGAGACGCCCACGAGGCAAACCGUAAAGCUUAUACCGCAGCUCAAAAUAAUGUACAAAUAAAGGCCAUCCAAGAUCGUAAUCGAAGAGUCGAUGCAGCAUUACGUGCUCUAUCUGGUUCAGAAAAAUCUGAAUUUACAGCAGAAAUUCUCUCGAGAAGAUCCAACCGAGCACGACGAGCUGAAAAUAUUUCCGUAGACUCUGCAGUGGAUAUUUCAGUGCUAGAUCUUGGAGCCCCAGGCUUUAGAGGUGAAUGCCAGGUUUGCUGUGGGGACAAUGAAGUUCUAUCAAUUGCUCUCAAAGUACUGAGCGCAGAUGCUAUGGCAGCUAAUACCGAUAACUUUGCUCUUGACUUCCCAUUGGCAGCCGGGAGAUUUGAGGCGAAUAUGAAUAUACUGUCCAGUCAGUGUGUUUGUUUCCAAUGUGCUUUAUUCGGAAGACCUGAUCACUCUAUCUACGGAGAAGAGAUCUCCGCUGUCAUUCCCACUCUAGAGUACACUGGGAGUAACAAAUUGUACAUCCACCAACAGCUGUACAAAGCACUCAAUGCGGGGCUGAAAACUGGCGUUCCAGCUAUGGGACAGUUGUUUGCGACAAUUUUGGAUCGCACUCUGAGGGUCAAGGAGUGGGCUGGUGCCGGCUUUGAGAAUGAGCAAGGAAGCAUAGAUGCAGAAAUUCUGCAGAGGAGAAAUGCAAUAACUUGGCUUCUGAACAAUAUAAUUUCACAUCUCCGAGUAAGGGAAACAUCCAAUGAACUAGGCCAAUGGACUAGCUACCCUCUCGCUCUUGCCUGGGCGGCACAAGAUUUCCAAAAAGAAGGGUUGACGUCUUGGUGUAUUAAUUAUCCUGUCGCAGGUUUCAUGCAACUCUUACGUUUCGGAAAAACACUGAAUGUGUUUUCCGAUGAAACCAUCACGGAUAUGAAGAAUAUCAAAUCCCUGCAUUCAUUCGUCUCAACCUUCCUUGCACGGCUCUAUAAAAACAUGGGUAAAUCCCGCAACUGGACGAAACCUCUGUUGGAAAUUCUUUACGUGGAAUUUAAUGACGAUCUAAUUCCAAAAGAUUUGGGAGGCAAUGCAUCGAUAUUAAGAUCAGUACCAACAUUCUGGAACACACUGAUGGAAUUCAUGCCUGCGGAAGAUUUUCUCAAAGUGUUUUACCAAUUUGCGCACACAUCUGCAAAGACAUAUUUCGCACAAUUGCGCUCCAAGGAACCGUUAGCUGUUGUUUUGCUGGAUACAAAAGCUGAAGUUCCUGAAAAUACUGUCAUCGAGAUACUACUGAGUAUAUUCAUUGAAUCCAAGCCAGGGUUUAAGAAUAAAGAUGCGUAUACUAGCCACGAAAAUGUUGUAGUGCCAUUGGAGAAUCCAUUUGGUGCGUCGGUACUCCACUGUGGAGCUCCAGAUUGCGGUAUUUCGUUUCUACCAGAGGAAGUCUCGUUGAAGCAAAUUGCAGACGGGGAGAUAGAAUGGACGCCACGACUAUUGGAUCAAGUGAGAAAGAAGAGGCGAGAUCACCUUAUCGAUAUCUUCGGUAUUCUCGGAAAAUCUGAGAUUGAAAAAGAAAUAAGCGAAACAGGACUACCAGGUGUAACAAAAGUCCCAUCAAGACCAAAUGAAGUUCACACUUGUAUGCAUAUAGGAAUCGCCAAAACAUGGGCUACACUGACGCGUAAAGAGAGAAGAAAUUUGGCAGGUGCCAUUCAAUCUUCGUGGAUUGGUGAUUGUGAUGAAGAGGAUGAAAAGGUGAUCGAGGAGUUCGUAAUCAAAGCAAGAAAAUGCAUUUGUGGGGUUGGGAGGGGCAAUUUUUAUUCGGCAACACUGGAAAGAGAUAUCAGGGCUGUGUUGCCCAGCUUUCUGGAGGUUUUGAAGGUGGGCUUGGCGAUGGAGAAGAAAGAGGGGACAUGCGAGGAUGUGAGUUUGUAUGAGUUUGAUUUUGGGGAGAAUAGGGUCGCAGUGAAAAUUAGGUGGGAGGUGGAAUCUUUGAGGAGGAAAGGGCUCGUAUAA